CAUUCCUCAAAUUCAAUAACAUUCACUGUUUGCAAUCAGAACUAAUCUCUGCUGCAAUGUUAUAAAUUAAUUAUUAAUUAACAAUUGAUUAAUUUAUAAACAAUUGUAAUUAAUGAAUUUGAGUCACCGCAGUAAUUAGGAUUGAUUAUUAAUUUGCGACGUCUUCCUAUUGUAUGUCGAGAAAACAGCAAAGUGUCCGGUUACCGGUUAGGAAUUUAUUAAAAUAAGGCGGAAAAAUGUUGCUUCCUCUUUACACCGCUUUAUUAUAUCUGCAAUGGCUAAAAUUGAUUGUUUAUUGCCUCGAAUUUAUUUAUCAUCAAAAUCGGUCAAAUAGACGCUGGCAUGUGAGACCUCAAAUAAGUGUUGCACUCCGAGACCAUUAUGGUGCAUACGAGUGUCUAUUUUUAUAUUAUGCCAAUUGCGAUCACGAGAAAUUUAAGGAAAUGUCUCGUUUAUCAGUAAAAGCCUUCAAAAUACUCCACGACAUUAUUGGACCGAGUCUCGUAAAAAGAAGUCGCAGAAUCCCAUUGUCGUCGGAGUUAAGAUUAGCAAUUACGUUGAAAACGACUACUAAUCACCCUUUCCAAAAAGAAAAUGUAGAGUCAUCUGAUGAAGAUGUGGAAAUGACUGACAACAGUGGAGACAAUAUAUUUAGACACUUUCCGGCCCGGGAUAAUGCAAGGAACGAUAUCCUUUUACAGCGCCAGGAGGAGGUUCUGUGGGACGCAUGGGUGAAGAUUCCCGAAAAAAAAGGAAACUCUGCUAUUUUGAAUUAAGAGAUUUGUUCCAAAAUAAAAAAUAACAUUUAAAGUUCUUUGCAGUUCUUAAAUUUAAAUAAUAAAUAAAUAACAACAUUACACAAA